UAGGAUGUCUGCAGGCCAGUAGGAGGGUUGUUUUAUUUAUUUUUUUUUAAACUUGAACUUCUAAUGGACGUUUGGGGGGAAAUCGGUGAGUAGUGAAAUACUGAAAUGCUCUAAACUACUUUUCUACUGGGAAAUAAAUGGCAGUCUAAAGGGCUGGAUAAAUCACUGUGGCUAAUACAAUUCCCUGGUGCUGCCUCUCAUGAGUCCGUGCCAAGAAGAUUGGGUUUGUAUAGAUUUAUACAAACAAGGUCAGUCUAUAGAAAGGGGAGCUGUUUAGCCAGCAUUUGGGCAACAUAAAUGCAGACUAUUCAUUAUAGAGCCACGCCUGCUGUAGUUUCCCAUGAGAUGAGAGAAUGGAUAGCCCACGUACACAGCAGUAUUUAUUGCCGCUGAUAGAGAGCACUGCAGGACUCAACCCUGGGCCCUGACGCAACAGCCCGUGCAUCAGACAUUGUUGAGCAUUGGCUUUGUCUCUUAUCAAAAGAUGCUGAUGCUGUGGACAUUUGCAGUGCUGCUGGGAGCAGUAGCUGGAAAAGAAGUUUGCUUUGACAAACUCGGCUGCUUCAGUGAUGAUGCCCCGUGGUCAGGAACCAUAGACAGACCCCUGAAAGCACUGCCCUGGAGCCCAGCACAAAUCAACACCCGCUUUCUCCUCUACACCAACGAGAACCAAGACAACUACCAGAAAAUUACUUCAGAUGCAUCGAGUAUCAGAAACUCCAAUUUCAAAACGAACAGAAAAACCCGCAUCAUUAUCCACGGCUUCAUUGACAAGGGAGAGGAGAACUGGCUAUCUGACAUGUGCAAGAACAUGUUCAAAGUGGAGAGUGUGAACUGCAUCUGUGUGGACUGGAAAGGUGGCUCCCGGGCUACAUACACCCAGGCUACCCAGAACGUCCGGGUCGUGGGUGCAGAAGUGGCAUUAUUGGUUAACGUUCUGAAGUCUGACCUCGGCUACUCACCUGACAACGUCCACCUGAUUGGCCACAGCCUGGGUUCCCACGUUGCUGGGGAGGCAGGAAAGAGGACAUUCGGAGCUAUUGGGAGGAUCACAGGGUUGGACGCGGCUGAACCUUACUUCCAGGGCACACCUGAAGAAGUCCGUCUGGACCCCACCGAUGCCCAGUUUGUGGAUGCAAUUCACACAGAUGCUGCACCCAUCAUCCCCAACUUAGGAUUUGGAAUGAGCCAGACUGUGGGUCACCUAGAUUUCUUUCCUAAUGGAGGGAUGGAAAUGCCUGGAUGUCAGAAGAAUAUCCUUUCCCAAAUCGUUGACAUCGACGGGAUCUGGGAAGGAACUCGCGACUUUGCUGCCUGUAACCACUUGAGAAGCUACAAAUAUUACACCGACAGUAUCGUCAACCCGACUGGCUUCUCUGGCUUCUCCUGUAGCUCUUACAAUGUUUUUUCUGCAAAUAAGUGCUUCCCAUGUGGGAGUGAAGGAUGCCCACAGAUGGGUCACUAUGCUGACAAAUACCCUGGGAAGACAAAAGAACUCUACCAGAAAUUUUACCUGAACACUGGUGACAAGAGCAACUUCGCACGUUGGCGGUACCAGGUGACUGUCACCCUCUCUGGACAGAAGGUCACUGGGCACAUUCUAGUUUCUUUGUUUGGAAAUGGAGGAAACUCUAAACAGUAUGAAGUUUUCAAGGGCUCUCUGCAUCCAGGUGACACUCAUGUCAAGGAAUUUGACUCUGAUGUGGAUGUUGGAGAUUUGCAGAAAGUUAAAUUUAUUUGGUACAACAAUGUGAUCAACCCAACUCUACCCAAAGUGGGAGCAUCAAGGAUUUCAGUGGAACGAAAUGACGGCAGAGUGUUCAACUUCUGUAGUCAAGAUACAGUGAGGGAGGAUGUCCUGCUUACACUGUCUGCAUGUUAGAAGGCUGCUGAUGUGUGACCACCAAGUCCCACUGUAAUAAAGUCUAGUAUCAAAGCCAUA